AUGUCCUCUUCCCCUGGUCUUCCACAACAACAGGUUACGACCACACCUUUACCACUCCACUUGCAGCAAAAUAAACAACAAAAUCAUCACAACCAUUUACAACAAUCCCAACAACACCAAAACAACCGUCUACAAAAACAGAAACAACAGCAUCAGAAACUCCAACACCACCGCCCUCCGUUCCCAACCGUGUCGCCAUCAAAGUCUCCUCGAAAUAACGGUGGGGGCGAUUCGGAGGCAGAGACUGUCGUCUUGCAAUCAAUCGAGGUGGCCCCCAAUACGCGAAAAAAUGACGAUGAAAUCAGUGAAUAUGAACGCGGUCGUCGGAGACGGGGCUCAGAAGUACGUCCUCCAGUUGAUCAAGAACGACCUCGACGAACAAGACCAUUACGGACGGGUCCCGCCAAACGCCGUCUCAAAGAAGAAGACCGUGAUGAAGAAUACUCUUCCGACUUGAGUUCCGCCCCAUCACGAUCUUCCCGUCCCAAUUCACCUUCACAUCCCAUGCGUCGUCGUGCCAAACACGGCACAGGCCAUCAGAAGCCGAAGGUGCAUGGUGGUUCUUCUGCGUCCGAAGGAGAUAACUCGGACCGGGAAGAGACUCGUCAGAGCCGACUGAGAUCUAGGAAAAGAAGAAGAAGUCUGAUGGAUUCAUCACCCCCCAAUCAUCGUAUUAAAUCAUCUCCCCCAAUUUCUCCCCAGCCUCUCGGCAGCCCCAUAAAGAUUGCCUGCGCCCCUACUUACCAACCGUGGCGACAUAUCGUCCUCUUCGUCGCGAGACAAUUCACCCUCCUCAGUUCCCCGAUCACGAAGACCCCAAUCCGUCCGAACUCCUGGCUCACCAAUGAGCACUUCCCACAAACCAAAACGAGAUACAGCCGGCCGGACACAUCUCCACAGAGCCUGCCAACGGGGGAUGUUGCGGAGGUUGAGGCUAUCUUGAAUGCGGGUAAAGAAUUCUUGAAUGCAGAAGAUAAUGCGGGGUACCAGCCCCUACAUGAGGCGUGUUUACAUGGUCACUUGGAGGUGGCCAAAAUUCUCAUCAAAAAUGGUGCACAAAUCGAUCAGCCAUCCAAAAUUGAACAGGAUACACCACUGCUGGAUGCGGUGGACAAUGGACAUACCGAGGUUGUUAGAUACCUUCUUGAGUUGGGUGCAAAUCCACGAAAAAGGAAUAAGCAAGGCCAGACAGCCAUGGACGCCAAUGAAUCCAACCGUGAAACAGAGGAGGUUUUUGAAGAAAUCGAAGGGUUGCUCAAGGCUGCAAUCAGCGAGUUGCGGAAACAACGCCCCUCUGACGAUGAGACCGCACGGGCUAGCGUCGCUGCCGACAGCCAUUCCUCCCGUGAUCCUUCAGUAGCCAGUCCAGUACACCAAUCCCCACCAGCACCAAGCAUUCCCACCGGAGUCCGCCGACGGAAUGCUCGGACCGAACAGAGCAGGAAAGAUCUGCUCUGGCUAGAUCCCGGGAAAAACGGGCUGCAGAAAUUAAGGGAAAAAGCCCGUGAGGGGGAUCAACAGAUGGUACACGCAUUACUGGAGCGGGGAACUAAGCCGGAUACUGAGUGUUUAAUUGGGGCUAUUAAAGGCGGUCACGCUGAUACAGUUAGUCUACUCUUGGCGUAUGGUGACACAAUAGUGGAUCCCGAGCCUGGGUCGUCCCAGGGCCAUCGAAAGACGAGGGAUAAUUCAAUGCCGGCGGUGGAGGAAACACCCAUGCUCGCAGCUAUCGGUCGAGGUAACCUGACUGUUUUAAACUAUCUGUUGGCAAAUGGGGUGAACCCGAGAAGACUGGACCAUAAGGGGAAAUCAUACAUGGAUAUUGCACGGGAGCGAGAAGGGGAUCUCUGGCAAGAUGAGGUUAACAUGUUGCAGGAGGCUUAUGACAAGGCGGGUAGUGGUAAAAUAGAGAAGGCUUCUCGCCGCGGACACUCACCAGAAAAUUACAGGAAUACAUCACCUAAGCCAAAAAAGCUUAAUGACACCAAAGGUACGUCAUCUGGAUCGCGGAGACCAAACUCGACCCUCGCAUCGGCAAAUACCCCCCGACGAUCCGCAUCUACGGGCCCAUCUAGAUGGUCAUCCACUUCCGCAAACCCGGCAAAAUAUGAAGACACGACCGCUGUUUCGGAUCAGGAGGAAGUAUCUGCCGAGCCUUUAGGACCACCCAAAAACCGUUCCAAAAAGGGGAAACGCAGCGAAUCGGACUCACUUGCCCCUCCAGUUGCGAAGAAAAAACGACGUCUGAUUUCUGGGAAGGAUUUGGCCGAGGAAUCAUUGGCCCGUUCAUCACAGGAGCCAACAAGAUCAGUCCCCCCAGAAAGUGAUCUUGAUUCAAAAGAGAAACCUCCUGCCAAAAAUUCCACUAAAAAGCACAGGGCAAACUCUGCAAUGGAAGAAACCAUCCGGGUAGAACAAAAGCCUAUUAUUUCGAGGAAAUUAAGGAUGGGAUCGGAAGAUACUCGAAUGUCAGAUUCAGCUACUGAGCGAGCUACACAUAAAGCCAGAAACGACGAUUCAAAUCUUCUGAGACCGGAUAAUAUCCCCUCUUCUAAAGAUAAAAAGCCUCAACUGGGCGGCAAGCGGGAUAGGACACGCUCGCCCACAGCUCACUCUGACUCUGGCCGAAAACUAGAAAAGGAAGAGCCCAGGAAACAACGAAAACUUGUCGACAAGCAAGAGAAAUAUGACAGUGACAGCACGCUUAAACGGGUAACUGUGAAGGAGGAGGGCAAAUCUCGGAAGCCACCCCAAACAAGGCGCGAUUCCCCCGAUGGCAGACGGCAAUCUGUAUCGACUACUGAAGCUUCGGAAAAGGAAGAUCAGCGUCAGCGUAUCUUACGGGAACGGGAAGAUACAGAGCGUGAUCGGCGUGAACGUGAAAAGAGGCAACGGGCGAGAGGCGAGAAAGAGGAGGCGAAGCGCCGCGCGGAGUCAAAAGAACAGAAGCGCCAGGAGGAGUCGAAAGAACAGAGACGCCAGGAGGCUCUUAGAAAGGAGCUUGAGUCAAUCCUCCGGAAGGCACGUGAAGAGUCGAAACGGGCCAGCGAGGAUCAAGUCAUUGACCGCGAGCUAGAAGUCCGCCGACAGCGAGAGGAAAAAGAGAGACGGGAGAAGGAGCUCCGAGAGAGAGAGGAAAGGGAACAGGAGGAAAGGGAGGCCAGGGAGGCCAGGGAGAGGGAGGAGGCUGCUGCACGAGAACUAGCCCGACGGCAAGCUGCCGAGCGGGAAGCAAAAGAGCGGGAAGCAAAAGAGCGCGAGGAGCGUGAGGCAAGAGAGCGUGAGGCUAGGGAACGCGAGGCCAGAGAACGCGAGAUCAAAGAGCGCGAAGCCGAGAGGAAACGCCGCGAAGAGGAAAUCCGGCAAGCAGAGGAAAUCCGGCAAGCAGAGGAAAUCCGGCAAGCAGAGGAAACCCGCAAACGUGAAGAGGCCAUACGCCGCGAGCAGGAAGUACUACAGAAGAAGCUUGCCGAGGAACAACGCCGCAAAGAGGAAGCCGAAAAACAGCGUCUAGAAGCAGCUGAGAAUCAGCGUCGUGCAGCAGAGGCUGAGCGGAAGCUUGCUGAAGAGGAGGCUCGUAGGCGCCAAGAAAUUGAGCGAGCUGAGAAAGAGGCCUUAGUUCGACGAGAGGCCGAGCAACUACAGCAGCAGCUUGCGCUGGAGGCAGAGCGUAAACGAAUUGAGGACGAGGAGCAGCGUGAGCUUGCGAGGAAAAGGGCACUGCCUUUCGCACUUAGAGAGAUGGAGAACGGCAAUACACCUGUCGAGAGCUCAAGGUUUAUGCCUUUAUACUCUGCGGUGCUUCCUCCUCAGUCAACUGCGGGCUCGACUCCGGUCAAACCGGGUAUGAAUGGUUGUGGGCCACAAAAGCCGCAGCAGUACAUUUUGAAUGUGCAAGCAGCUUUAGUGCUUGGAAGUACUGACCUUCAGUUUUCGAGUUACCCUGACAUUCGUAGACUUGAAGUUAAUGACCAGCAUCGGUCGAGGAUGUGGUCAGUCCUUUCGGUCAUGCUUUGUGAGAGUGUACAUCUCAGCGGUCACCGUUCGAUUGAAGAAUUGGAGAAAUCACGUAGGGAGGAGAGGGAAAAAUUCUUGAAGAUGUCUCCUGUCUUUUGGAUGAAGGUUGACGACCUCCGCACCAUCAUUCAGGAAGACCACAAGUACGACAAUCUCGCAAGCCAAACAAUCCGCACUGUCGACGUAGAUUUAAGCUGUUCUGUCCUUGUAACCCCUAUGAAGGUCAAUGGGGACGGGCCAACUACUCCCACUUCUGCACCUACCAUUACGAAGGAGGAAAUGGCCCAGAGAUUGCAGCGAUUAUUUGGCACACCAUUGACAUCGUCUUCGCUCCAAUACAACAACCAAUCUCAUGUUUCUUCCUCGCCUUCACCUCUUUCUUCCCAACUCACAGUAUCUAUGCCGCCCCCCUCUUAA